AUGGAGACACAAAUUACGCAGGGGGAAACGGAAGAGCAGAACCUCCUGAGCGAAGUAAACAAAGAAGAAGACCAACCAGAGAAGGAAGAAGGAAAAAAAAAAAAACAAAAAAAGCUGUACGAGCUGAACGAGCUACAUCACUUGGUGAACGCAUUGCCAUAUAUCGACUCGCACGAUAGUGAAUUGGAGAAAAAUGCCAAACAGUUGGUGGAAGAAGAAAUGAUGUUAAUGCAAAAACAAAAUGAAGUGAAAAAUUAUCUGCAAAACUUUGACAUACCCCCAUCAGUGUACAUAAAAAUAGAAAAUUCAGUCAUCCCAAAUGAGAUAAAACGCUGUGAACAGCAGAUCAGCAUGGAAAAGCUAAACUUAGACAGUUACAACAUCGAAAGCGAGAAGUUGGACCAAGACAAAAAUAUGGAGCAGUGGGCCAGCACAUUGAAGAAACAUCAAAUCGUUUUGGAAAAUCUGCACAAUGCACUUAUCAACGUGGAGCUAAUGAAUAAAUACAAAGAAGUCAUGUGGAGCGAGCACAUGAAGGUGUUCACACACAUUGAUAUCAACCUACAGAAUAGCAUAAAAUUGCUAAAGGAUGAAAUCGAUAACAUAAACAAGCAGAGGAAACUGCACCAGCUCAGUUACGUGAACGACUUGUCCGCACUGCAGAAUGAGAGGACCGAGUACAAACGCAAGAACGACAUCGUUCUGGAGGAGAUUAAGAAGCUUCUCUCGGAGAACCUGCGCCUGCGUUAUCGGCGGAAUGUUGCGUGA